GGUACACAAACGCAGCUGCUCAGUAGCUCGAAGAACGAAGCAGUGCAGCUCCAGAUGUCAGAAGUACCUAAGAGAUGUCGACACCACAGCCAAAAGGAAAAGAGAUGUUUUCUGGCAUCCUUGCUAUGUCAGAGACUGAUAAUUCUGCCAAACUGCAAAAAGCAGGGAUGAGGAAGAAAAGGACACAACUGAGCCCGUUCAAAGUGCCAGACAGUAACAGCAUUUUUCUACUGAGUGUAAAUGAAAGAGGGGACCAAAAAGAGGAGAGACGUAAAUUUUUGGCUCUGCCAAUUGAUGAGAAGACAACCCACGCUGUGAGAAUGAUGGCCAAGCUGAAGAAUGAGCUGGUGGGAGAAUUGGAGGAGGAGGAAGAGGAGGAGGGAAAUGAGCAGAUGAAGGAUCUAAAACAAAUCAGGAGUAAGACAGUUCUCCCUAAACAAACAGCAGGCAGGCAUGAGCUGAAGAUAAAACGAGAAAACAUUGCAAAAGGCAGCAAGUAUGACUUAAUCUCCAUGGAACGACAGAAAGCCGUGUUGGAGUUAUCUCUGAUAACAAAGAGGUCUGAGAUUUUGAGGAUGGACAAGGCCAUUGCAAAAGAAGAGCGACAGCUGAAGCAGCUUGAAAAGACCAUUGAGCGAGACAACCUCAACUUUGAAGAAUUCCUCAGGGAGAACGAGAAGAAGUCUGUGGAGGCCAGAACGCUAUUUGAAAAGGAAGCCAAGUUGAAACAGGAGAGGAAUACUGAGAUCAAGAAGCUAACUGCUGAAAUGGGAACAAUAAAAAGUGAAAUCGCCAAGUUUGAAGAAAUCCUGAUAGAUUACAAGCGAUACAAGGAGCUUCUAUUCAAGCUGUCUCCUCCAGAGUGGCAGGAGGCCCAGAAGACCAAGAAAACUAAAGUCCUGUCUGGCAAAGACGCCCAGCAUAACCAGAACCUGGAGCCUGAAGAGAUGGCUGAUGAAAACAGCAAGUUAAGCCCAAAUUUGGAGCUCAAAGUGUCCGGUCCUGGCAGAGAGUUGCCCUCCACCACAGAGACUGGACCAUCUUCAGCCCACAGCGGCACUCUCCAGAGAACCCGGAGAAAACCCACGCAUGCACAGGGAGAACAUGCAAACUCCAUGCAGAAAGAUCCCAGGAAAGCCGGGACGCAAACCAGAGAUCUUCUUGCUGCAAGAGUCACAAAUUCUAAACUGGACAGUGACGGCUUGGAGUAUGAGGAUGAACCAGAGCUGUACUUCACUGAUCCCCAGCAGCUACUGGAUCUGAUGACGGAGCUGACAGAGCAGAAUUUGUCCCUGAUUCAGAACUCUGCACGGGUGGAGGAGAAACUGGAGGAGUUGAAACAGUUCAUGGAGACAACCAGGAGGAAAAUUGAAAAGGAUGAAGAGCAGAUAGCACUGCAGAUAAAUGACAUGAACCAGAGAAUUGACAAAGAGAAGGCAAGAGGUGCCAAACUCAAACAGAAGGUUCAACUCCAUGUGUCACUGAACACAGAGGACCAAGACAUGAUGAUGGACGCUCUCGGUGAGAGGGUCGCAGAGGUGCACCGCAGCUGCGUGGAUGACAGGAUGACCAACCUCAGCACCUUGGAGAAGCUGGCCAACAUUGAGUACCACAUGUCUUUGCUGCUGCAGGGCCUUGAGAGCAUCCCUGAAGAAAAACUGGAGCUGAUGAAGAAGAUCAAGGACAGCGAGAAGAGGACCAGGCAGCGUGAAGAAAAGCUGAGAGAGCAGCGAGAGAAACAACAAGAGAGGAUGAGGAGGUAUUUGGAGAGAUCCCUGGCUGACUCCAAGAAAAUAACUGGGAGAAAGCUCAUGCCCAGAUACAUGCCAGUCGCUCAGAAAGUCAAAGUGAGCAACGAGGACAACAUCCCUGCAGAAGACGAGCUCCAUGAAUACCUCUUUGGCACAGAGGACACAGAGUAAUGAAAAGUAGACAAAAAUUAUAGAUACUAUUAUUAUUAUUAUUACUAUGCAUUCCUUUACCUCUUGUUUGAUUAGUGAACAUUUGUUGUUAUGAUGCAACUGAUAAUUACCACACUGAUGUGACAAAAUCAGUAAAUCAGCUGAAAUGUUAAUGGAAAACUCAGCUAGAUUUUUUGGGUUUUUUUUUUAGAGAAAGUUCCGCACACCAGUAGUAGUAUUUUCAGUGAGAAAUUUUACUUUAGUUUCCAGAACAUUCUACUUAAACACAAAGUUCUUUAAACCAUUUUGAACGUGACAUUGAGAACGUCCUUCCUUUGUUAUCAUGUAACAAUAACCUCUGUUAGUAUGUCACAUAUGUGAACUUGUUUGUUUUCUUUAACUCAAAUUGUCAUGGUAAGUUUUGAAUACUGAACUCAAGUUUAUAAGUUUUAGAAAAUUAAACUUAAAGUAAUUAGUUGUCUUGA